AUGGCAUUAACGACUUCCUCUACCGAUAACCAGGGGUUGACGCCCCCAGAUAACCCGACGAAGGGAACGACUACAUCUCAAGCUAUUGCGAAGGAUCUGAAGCAUCUCUUUGGCAUGCUUCUUGAAAAAUUGCUUGGCCUUACCAAUCAAGAACCCCCAAACACUCCUGUUUGCCGGGACCAGUCGCCCCCCGCGCUCGACCAGGUUCGGGAGGUUUUGGACUGUGUUUCAGCUGAACUUUCCGUGGCAACUAAGCCUGACAAGUCUUCUUCUACAAGCGAUGAACGAGAGAAUCUCCCUGGGCCAGAUGAGUUUGACGUUAAAAAGCCCAUCUGUACAACACCUGAGGACUUCCAAUCAUUUGAGAACUGGGAUAAAGAAGCAUGCAAAUACAAGAUCGCCGAACCCACCAAGAGCAGCGGCUGUCUGGACGACUGUGCUGAAUAUGCAUUCGUUGUCCGUGAACGUGUUGACCGGAAUUCCGAGGAGGUGACCCCAUACAUAGAUAUUAAAUCUGAAGGCUUGCGCGACAUCCUGCGAGGGGUACUGUACGAUAUCAAGGCCACCAGCCUGAUGGAGGACAAGCCAUCGUCUAGCUACUCGGAGAAAAGCUCCACAGAUGCCGACGACGCCGAUCUAGGCACAUUCAGCCGGCCGACCACCGUGCUCAAGGCCCUACAAAUCGAGACCAUCAAGCAUGUUACCGAGCACGACGCAGAAAUUGUUCGUUCACUCUCCUCCCAACUCAGCAACUAG